AUGUAUGACAGAGUGUUGACUAACACACAUACACUGGUGGGUAUGACAGAGUCUUUCCCAAUUAAAGUGGGACUGCAUCAGGGAUCAGCACUAAGUCCUUUUAUUUUUACAGUCAUUAAUAUUAUGGAGGAAAUCUCUAAAUCCAUCUGGGAAACCGUACCAUGGCGCAUGCCUUUUGCUGAUGAUAUAGUUUUGGUCGCAAAAACGAAGGAGGAGGCUAAUAGUAAAUUGGAAGAUUUCAGUGGGACAGAAUCGAUAGGGGAGCCAGAGGUGACCAUAAGGGGAGAAGUUAUUGCAUGUACAUCCAAGUUCAAAUAUUUAGGAUUGGCCGGCGUUGUUGUAUGGGACAGAAUGUUGGCUCGUAAAGAAGGUUUUCGAACAGAAGAUGGAAGUAACAGAAAUGCAUAUGCUGAGGUGGAUGUGUGA